UCCCGCCCACUUCGUUCCCUUCGAAUCCGAUUGGGCAAAGGGAAAACAAGCAGGGGGAGGAUUGGUGGGUGGGCCUGUUGGUUAAGGAAGCCACUCUUCCGGGUUUGUAGCCAGGCUGGGUCAGGCAACUCCGGAGGGAGGACAUGAAGAGAGUCACCCUGUUUGUUAAUGGCAGCCCCAGAAAUGGGAAGGUUGUGGCUGUUUAUGGAACACUGUCCGAUUUGCUUUCUGUCGCAAGUAAUAAGCUUGGAAUAAAAGCAACCAGCGUCUACAAUGGAAGAGGUGGACUCAUUGAUGACAUUGCCUUAAUUAGAGAUGAUGACGUUCUUUUUGUAUGUGAAGGCGAACCAUUCAUUGAUCCCCAGAAUGAUAUCAACUCUUUAGAAACAUUAACAGGAUCUCAUUCGGAUUGGAUCACACUCAAUGUAGGAGGACGGUAUUUCACAACUACCCGGAGCACUUUAGUUAGUAAAGAACCGGAUAGCAUGCUGGCCCACAUGUUUAAAGAUAAAGAUGCUUGGGGAAACAAGAGAGAUCACAGUGGAGCUUUCCUGAUUGACCGAAGUCCGGAGUACUUUGAACCAAUCUUAAACUAUUUGCGGCAUGGACAGCUAAUUGUGAACGAUGGCAUUAACUUGCUAGGUGUCUCAGAGGAAGCAAGAUUCUUUGGCAUUGACUCCCUGAUUGAACACCUUGAACUAGCAAUUAAGAAUUCCCAGCCUGCAGAAGACCACUCCCCGAUUUCUCGAAAGGAGUUUGUUAGAUUCCUCCUUGCCACCUCAACCAAGUCGGAGCUACGCUGUCAGGGGUUAAAUUUUAGUGGUGCUGACCUCUCUCGUUUAGAUCUCCGGUACAUCAACUUCAAGAUGGCCAACUUGAGCCGAUGCAACCUGGCCCAUGCAAAUCUCUGCUGCGCAAACCUUGAACGGGCUGAUCUCUCCGGAUCUGUUCUAGAUUAUGCCAAUCUCCAAGGUGUAAAGAUGCUGUGCUCAAAUGCAGAGGGAGCAUCGCUGAAAAGCUGCAAUUUUGAAGAUCCUUCUGGCCUUAAAGCUAACUUGGAAGGUGCUAACCUGAAAGGUGUGGAUAUGGAAGGAAGUCAGAUGACGGGCAUCAAUCUCCGAGUUGCCACUCUAAAGAACGCAAAAUUGAAAAACUGCAACUUGAGAGGAGCAACCUUGGCGGGAACCGAUUUGGAGAACUGUGAUCUGUCAGGCUGUGAUCUACAAGAGGCCAACCUGAGAGGGUCGAAUGUGAAAGGAGCCAUCUUUGAAGAGAUGUUGACACCGCUGCACAUGUCUCAGAGCGUCAGAUAGGUUGCCCGACUGAAGACUCUUGGUGCUCCAUGGAGGAAAUGACGUUCCUUCCACAGCAUGUUUUUCUCAGUGGUAUCCGAGAAGCUGCUGCUGGAUGGAGUGAAGGGCCUUCCCUUGUCUUAGGUAUAAGACAAGGAGCUUGCUGAUAACUCCCAAAGAUGUUGCUCUCUUGACUCUUAUCUUGCUUUAGAACGCUCCUCUAGAAAAAAUAUUUAUGAAAGCACAAUAUAUGCAAUUUAUAUUUA